AUACAUAAUAACAAUAAUAUUAUUAUUAUUAUUGUAUUAACAGCUGUACCUGUGAACAAUAACAACAAUAACAUCGUCGUAAACUUAGUACUUACUGUCUAACUACGAUAUAAGGCAUAGACGAAGUUUAGAAAUACAUUAUAGACUAUAGUAAUACACCUAAUAUUAUAAAAGUUCGAUAAAUUGGGAAAAAUUUCAUUGAAUUUGAUURUUUUAUUCAUUACGACCAAAUACGAACGAAAUAGGUACGUUAGACUUCAAUUUCACCUGGUAGUUUUCCAGGAAAUUUACUGCUUAGAAAGUAAAAGUUAUUAGAUAUUAUAACAAAAUUCUUUAAAAUGAGUUCAGAAGAUAAAUUCAAUAAUGAUGAACAAGAGAAUAAAUCAACUCCAAAUAAACCAAUUCCUGGAGCUCGUCAAGAAAUGUUAAAUAUAACUGCUGCGUCACCUCCGAGGUUCUUGUCAUUACCUGAAAUUAUGGUAGCUGCUAAAAAAUUGGAAGAUAUUGCUCUUGUUCAUGAAAUAGCAGUCAAUGAAAAUUUCAAGUUGGAGCCUCAAGAACAUCCAAAUAACAGCUUAAUGAAACAAGUCAAAGACACUAUGCAUAAAGCAUUUUGGGAGUUGUUACGUGAACAAUUAAACAGUGAUCCUCCUGAGUACUCUCAAGCAAUGAUACUUUUAUCAGAAAUUCAAAUAAGCUUAUCAAGUUUGCUGUUAGACCAACAUACUAAAUUAAAAGAAGAUAUUGCUCAAGUUUUAGAUGUAGAGUCUAUAAAAAAUCAGAUAGCCAAUGACUCUUUGGAUUUUGAAUAUUAUACCAAUUUUAUACUGAAUUUGAUGUCAAAAAUAUGUGCUCCAGUAAGAGAUGAUUCGAUUCGUGCACUUACACUAUUAAAGGAUCCUGUUGAUAUAUUUAAAGGAAUAAUAGAGACUUUAAGCUUAAUGAAACUUGACAUGGCAAAUUUCACAAUAACUGCACAACGACGAGCAUUAAACGCUUGUAGUGCAGAUUAUGAAAGAGAAAAAUUUGCAGAGUAUUUAAAAGUUAAACCAGAUGCAUUAAACUUGACUGCCGAAUGGUUAAAACGCCACAUUAAUUUUGAAAAUACCACAGAAUCUUAUCACGAUAUWGUUGCAAGAGCUUAUAUGGAAAUAUUUGAUUGGAACGAAACUGUUACAUUCCCAGAGUCAUUAUCAUUGGAUAAAGAUCGAUUUUUGGCUACAAAUAAAAUGCUAAAUCUUUUGAUACUCGCAGCAUCUACAUUUAUUGUGACAAUAUCAACAACUAAUUCCAUUAUUCCAAAUGACAUGAAAUUUAAAAACGAUUUAAAGAUUUUUAUUUUAUCCAUACUUAAAGAUAAUGAUUCCAACAAAAAUGUCUUACCAAAUAUUGUAGAACAGAUAGUUCAUUACUGUAAUAAGUGUUUGAGUAGAAUUAAUCYAGAAGGACCAACUAUUUCCCCAGAAAUUGUCAAUGCACUUGAAACUCAAGUUUUAUCAAUCCAAAAUCCUGAAAACAAAAUAAGAACUCUAGUUGAGAAGCGUUUCAAGGAGUUUAUUACUGCUGUCAUCAGUUCUGACAAUGCAGUUCCCCAGCAAUGCCCACUUGGUUUGUCUGCAUUCAAAGAUGAAUUAGCAGCUGUCACUGGCAGUUUUUUGCAUCUUAUAACAUAUAACAGAAAAGUUUUCACCGUGUUUUAUGAUGAAAUAUUGAAAAAUAUUCUGAAUCAAAGUAAUUGAUAAUCUCUCAAAUCUUGUUUACUAAAAAUCAAUAUUAUCUUUUAUUWACUCAUCCUAUACUAACUUUUUAACAAAAAAAAUUUUUUUAAUCAUUGAUUUAUUUUAUGUUUGUUUUAUGGAACAUAAACUGUGACCAAAUUAGAAUCUAGAACAUUGUAGAAUCACAUUUUAUUUCUGUAGGUUCAAUAUAAUAUUAUAAUUUAUUAUAAUAUAUAUUGAUAACGAUUAUAUUCGUUACAUUAGUCUACAGUUUAAUACUUCAAUGUGAUUAAAAAUCAUUGUUAUUUAGCAGCUAGUGUUAUAUGACUAUGUCUAAUAGGUAUAACAUAUAACUUACAGUCAUGAUAAUUAUAAAAUAUAAUAUCAUAUUUUAUAUAGCAGUCAUUUUUGA